AUGUCUGGUAGAGGAAAAGGCGGAAAGGGUCUCGGCAAAGGCGGCGCUAAGCGCCAUCGUAAGGUCUUGAGAGACAACAUCCAGGGCAUUACUAAGCCCGCUAUUCGGCGUCUUGCUCGCCGCGGAGGUGUCAAGCGGAUCUCUGGUCUCAUUUAUGAAGAGACUCGGGGUGUGCUGAAGGUGUUCCUGGAGAACGUCAUCCGGGACGCGGUCACCUACACGGAGCACGCCAAGCGCAAGACCGUCACUGCUAUGGAUGUGGUGUACGCCCUUAAACGCCAGGGGCGCACCCUGUAUGGUUUCGGAGGCUAAAUCGCCGUUUCAGCUUUUGGUUUCCAGUUGCAGGUUGCAGAUAUUAUCAUAGUUAAUAAUGUCAUUCAUACUGAUUUAUUACCACAUCGGUGCGGCUUCUUCACGCCGCCCGUGGCCGGCGCGCUCUUGCGGGCCGCCUUGGUGGCCAGCUGCUUCCUCGGGGCCUUGCCACCCGUCGACUUACGGGCAGUCUGCUUCGUACGGGCCAUAGCCAAACAAGACACAAGCUUACCGACGCCGCAGCAGGGGGAGGAGCAACACGGCCUGGAUGUUAGGCAAGACGCCGCCCUGGGCGAUGGUGACCUUGCCCAGCAGCUUGUUCAGCUCCUCGUCGUUGCGGAUGGCCAGCUGGAGGUGACGGGGGAUGAUGCGCGUCUUCUUGUUGUCUCGGGCCGCGUUGCCCGCCAGCUCCAGGAUUUCCGCGGUCAAGUACUCGAGGACCGCCGCCAUGUAGACGGGCGCGCCGGCCCCCACCCGCUCGGCGUAGUUGCCUUUGCGCAGCAAGCGGUGCACUCGCCCCACCGGGAACUGAAGGCCAGCGCGGGACGAGCGCGACUUGGCCUUGGCACGGGCUUUGCCUCCUUGUUUGCCACGGCCAGACAUGACAGCGACAGUCACUGCAAGAAGCUCCCGCUUGACGACCGAGAAAGCUUGCUCAGCCAGAAUCCAUUCAUUUACAUAAUCUCGUCUCCUGGCUUUGGCGCCGCUGAAAAUGCGCCAAUCACAACGCAGCGUAAUCGGAACUUUAAUUUGCGUAUAGCCUCUAUAAGUACAGAGUCGUUUCCGGUAGACCCCGUUCUAGUCCUACUGUUGCGCUUGCGGUCUUUGCUGCUUGUGCUUGUCGCUAUGCCUGAGCCGGCGAAGUCCGCUCCGGCUCCUAAGAAGGGCUCCAAGAAAGCCGUCACCAAAGCCCAGAAGAAGGACGGCAAGAAGCGCAAGCGCAGCCGCAAGGAGAGCUACUCCAUCUACGUGUACAAGGUGCUGAAGCAGGUCCACCCGGACACCGGCAUCUCGUCCAAGGCCAUGGGCAUCAUGAACUCGUUCGUCAACGACAUCUUCGAGCGCAUCGCCGGCGAAGCGUCCCGCCUGGCGCAUUACAACAAGCGCUCCACCAUCACGUCCCGCGAGAUCCAGACGGCCGUGCGCCUGCUGCUGCCCGGCGAGCUGGCCAAGCACGCCGUGUCCGAGGGCACCAAGGCGGUCACCAAGUACACCAGCUCCAAGGAGGAGAUAGGUGGCUCUGAAAAGAGCCUUUGGGGUCAAGAGGCCGGCCACUCGCGCGAGCGAGCGCCGCGUCCCGGCAGAGACUCACUUGGAGCUGGUGUACUUGGUGACCGCCUUGGUGCCCUCGGACACGGCGUGCUUGGCCAGCUCGCCGGGCAGCAGCAGGCGCACGGCCGUCUGGAUCUCGCGGGACGUGAUGGUGGAGCGCUUGUUGUAAUGCGCCAGGCGGGACGCUUCGCCGGCGAUGCGCUCGAAGAUGUCGUUGACGAACGAGUUCAUGAUGCCCAUGGCCUUGGACGAGAUGCCGGUGUCCGGGUGGACCUGCUUCAGCACCUUGUACACGGUGAAGCAGAGCCGUUUGGGGCGACUUUCUCGGUCGUCAAGCGGGAGCUUCUUGCAGUGACUGUCGCUGUCAUGUCUGGCCGUGGCAAACAAGGAGGCAAAGCCCGUGCCAAGGCCAAGUCGCGCUCGUCCCGCGCUGGCCUUCAGUUCCCGGUGGGGCGAGUGCACCGCUUGCUGCGCAAAGGCAACUACGCCGAGCGGGUGGGGGCCGGCGCGCCCGUCUACAUGGCGGCGGUCCUCGAGUACUUGACCGCGGAAAUCCUGGAGCUGGCGGGCAACGCGGCCCGAGACAACAAGAAGACGCGAAUCAUCCCCCGUCACCUCCAGCUGGCCAUCCGCAACGACGAGGAGCUGAACAAGCUGCUGGGCAAGGUCACCAUCGCCCAGGGCGGCGUCUUGCCUAACAUCCAGGCCGUGUUGCUCCCUAAGAAGACCGAGAGCCACCACAAGGCAAAGGGCAAACUGCUUGCCGCGGGCCGGGAUCGCGUUUACUCCCCCUGCUGCGGCGUCGGUAAGCUUGUGUCUUGUUUGGCUAUGGCCCGUACGAAGCAGACUGCCCGUAAGUCGACGGGUGGCAAGGCCCCGAGGAAGCAGCUGGCCACCAAGGCGGCCCGCAAGAGCGCGCCGGCCACGGGCGGCGUGAAGAAGCCGCACCGCUACCGGCCGGGCACCGUGGCCCUGCGGGAGAUCCGGCGCUACCAGAAAUCCACCGAGCUGCUGAUCCGCAAGCUGCCCUUCCAGCGGCUGGGGCGCGAGAUCGCGCAGGACUUUAAGACGGACCUGCGCUUCCAGAGCUCGGCCGUGAUGGCGCUGCAGGAGGCGAGCGAGGCCUACCUGGUGGGGUUGUUCGAAGACACGAACCUGUGUGCCAUCCACGCCAAGCGAGUGACCAUCAUGCCCAAGGACAUCCAGCUGGCCCGCCGCAUCCGUGGGGAGCGGGCUUAA